AUGUCCAAUCAAGCAGGUAACUAUUUUCAAACAGACACCUCCUUGGCUGAAAAUGAACGAAAACAGCGCAAAGCAACCAACAGUCAGGGGAACCCCGUCAAAUUCCGCUCCAAAAUAUUAGCUGUGGAUGUCAAUUACUUUUGGGAUCCCAGUGGAGAUGUCGUCUUUGUGGCUGAGGCUGGAGGCUCUGUCACCGGUCUCCGGCUAUCUACAAAUGAGCUGUCCGCUACUCCUCGAGGACCCAAGGCACCUCUGACGAGCCUGGCUUUCCAUGGCUCCAAAUCCCCGACAGAUGCUUCCACGACGAUGCGAGUCUUUGCGGGCUGUUGGGACAAAUCGAUUUGGAGAUAUACGCUUCAUUCCACGGACGGACCGUCAAAAAGCAUGACAUUGACCGAAUGCACGUCGUUCCCGGCUCACACCGACUUUGUAAAAUGUCUUGCCGUUGCCCGGACGCCAGACAAACAAGACAUAAUAAUAUCAGGCAGCACGGAUGGCGACGUCAGGUUUUGGACCGUGGACGGACAGUCUCUCGGAUCUCUGAAGCCCGAUUGCCGUGGGAUUGAGUGUCUUGUCAUCGAUCCGCUUUCCUCGUCCGACUCACCUGUUGUGAUGUUUUCCACCUCGAAACAAGACAUCUUUGCCUUCACUCUACCAGAAUCAUCCAAGAUCUCCACCAGUCACAUACAAUUGUCGUUACCCAUCAGAGCACACGAGACCAGUGUGUACAAAUUACAUUUUGACGACGAUGGAGACUUGUGGACGGCUUCUGCGGACAAAACAGCUAGGCAUCUCUCUAGGAAUGAUGGCUGGAGGACAGAGGCCACAUUACAGCAUCCGGACUUUGUGCGGGAUGUCACCACCCAUGACAAAUAUGGUUGGGUCAUCACAGCGUGUCGAGAUGAGGAGAUCCGAGUGUGGAACAAGACGACGGGUGAACUUCACCAUGUAUUCUCAGGACAUUAUGAAGAAGUCACAGGACUGUGUAUGACUGGAAACCUCGUCAUCAGUGUUAGCAUCGACGCAACACUUCGAAGGUGGAGCCUUGCCCCAGCCGAUCUCCAGAAAGCGGUCGAAAAGGCGAAGAAUCCUAAAUUGCUUGAGCAAGAGCCGGAGCCUAAGAAUGAUAUGUCAAUGCUGACUGAGGAAGACGAGGCUGAACUGCGGGCGUUGAUGGAGUCGGAGGAGGCGGAUAUAUUAGAAAAGAUGGCGAUGGAUGAGCAGUAG